GCCUCGCCCACUGGCCUCGGAGUGUGGGAAAGCUCAUCCAGCCUGGGACUCAUGGCUUUGUGAUGCUAAUGUGGCCUAUAAAUAGAGGAGCGGGCUCCUCGGCCACAUCACAGCACGUGCUGCUCUCCACCACCACCAUGGCUCCAACCAGCACCACAGACUCUCCUCCCUCGCAGCUCUCCACCAAACACUCACACAAACUCAGGAAACCAGCGGUGGAGAAGAUGCGCAGAGAUCGCAUCAACAUCUGCAUCGAGCAGCUCAAGGUCCUGCUGGAGGAGGAGUUCCACCGACAGGAUCCCAACGCCAAGAUGGAGAAGGCCGACGUCCUGGAGAUGACGGUGGCGUUCCUGAGGCAGCAGCUGCAGCCUCAUGCUGCACAUGCCCACGGGUACUCCCGCUGCUGGAAGGAGUCGCUGCACUUCCUGUCCCACACCUCCCUGAAGGAGGCCACACUCCCAAACCUCCAGCACCUCCAGCACCUCUACAGAGCCGACCGGGACGCUGCCUCCACGCCGGCCCCAUCCUCCCACAGACACAUCCAGGCUGCAGGGAAGACACCGUCCAGCCCCCACAGAGACGUGUGGAGGCCCUGGUAGGAGCUGCUCAUUGGGGUUGGGGUUGGUGGACGACAUGAUGAACUUAUCUCUCCUUCACAUGCUGAGAGAAACAGAGAAAGUGACGUUAUAUUUCUUCAGAUUGAAGAGUGUCCUAUUUGUCGUCCUGUUGCAGUGAGGAGACGUCGUCACUGUGUAAGUGUGUAUAGAUGAUGUGUUCAAGGUCUUUUUCGAAGGAAGCGUUCCACUGGACACAACAAAGACACUUUCAAGACACUGUGGACACUGUGUGUCCUCCGAUCACUGGUUAAAGAGACUGAAUGCUUUCCCAUGGAAAAGUUUUAAAAAACUGUACAAUUCGAUUCUGAAUAAACAAAUAACUGAUGAA